AUGACCACUAAGAAGGAACCACAGGACUAUUGGCUGCUGAAUCGCUAUGAUGUGAUGUUAGUGGAAAACAAAACCUGCUGGACAGAAAGGGCCUAUAGGGCAGCAGCCAAAACUUUCCUGUCUGUGGAUCAGUAUUCCUGUUCGGUGUGUCUGGAGGUCCUGAAGGAACCAGUCACUAUCCCAUGUGGACACAACUACUGCUUGGACUGUAUCAAUGACUACUGGGACAAGUCAGAUACAGAGGGUACCUAUAACUGCCCUCAGUGCAAACAGACAUUUAAUGUGAGGCCUCAGAUUAACAGAAAUGCAAUGUUAAAAGAUAUAAUAGAGAAACUAAAAGAUAUGGAACUUGAUAUCAUUCCGUCCCAAAGUUACACAGGAUGUGAUGAUGUCCCCUGUGAUGUGUGUACUGGGACAAAACUGAGAGCCGUGAAGACUUGCCUGACCUGCAUGGCCUCCUACUGUGAGACUCACCUGCGGCCUCACCGGGAAUCUGAAGCCUUCAAAAGACACAAACUGGAGGAGUCGACUGCAAAUCUUGAAGAGAAGAUCUGCAUGAAACACCAGAAAAUCGUAGAAAUGUUCUGUAGGACUGAAGAGAUCUGUGUGUGUUCACUCUGUGCAGCAACUGAACAUAAGAGCCACGACACGGUGACACCUGAUGAAGAGAGAGCUGAGAGACAGGUGAGGAGAAGAGUAGGAAUGGAAAGGGUUAACUGUGGGAAAACUGGAAAAAUGGUGUGGGAGUCGAGCAAAGGGAUCUGUUUUUUUUGUCAAGAUUAG